CGUUAAUCUGGAAAUAAGACAAAAGGAUUAGACCUACACGUCGCCAAGCACCAAGGUAGUAGAGCUCACAGAAGCAAUAAAUAGGAAGUUCACCAGUCGAUAACUCUCCCAUCUCUUUCGUUAUCCACUUCCUGAUUCAUCCAUUCCUCUCUCCUCCUCUGCAAAACCCAAUUUCCCAUUUUUUUCUCGUUCCAUCAAUCAAUAGAUCGGGAACCUAAAUCUGUCGUCUCCUCUUCUCCGGUUGUCCCGCGGAUUCUGGUCUCCUCCGUCGUCGUCGUGGCAAAUAACCCAACUCACCAUUGCUGAUACUCGAGUUGAGAACUGAUCCAUUGAGAAGAAACAGAGAAAGAAAGGAAAAAGGCGCCAUUUUUAUUUCUCGUUUCUCCCCCCUCCAGAGCCUGCGUACCAUUGUUGUUAUUAUAAUCGAAUUCGAGUAGGUGGGUUUUGUACCCAUUGGAUGGUUGUUUAAUGGGCCGAUCGUAGAUCUGUCCGUCGCCAAGAAAAGCGGCGGCCUUUUCCUUCUUUUGUCGCCGCUCCGCCGGCUUGGUGGUAUUGGAGAUACAAGGAGGUAGAGGGGAUUUUUAAGGUUUUGCUAUACGAGGAGGACGCGAGAAAUUGAAGGAAGGAGAGAUGGGAAAUGCGAAUGGGAAGGAAGAAGGAGGCGGAGAUGGCGCGGAAGAGGAUGGAUCCAAUGGGGAAACCUCGGUUAUGCAGAUGCAGCGGCCGCCACCGCCUCCGCCGCCUAAUUCAAGCCGCCCAGCUGGUCGAGUCGGUUCGACGGAUACUAUGCAGCCAGUCAAUAACAACAGUAGCAAUCCACCACAUAGUCCAGCUCGCUCCGCCUCGCCUCUCUUGUUUGCUCCACAGGUUCCUGCAGCACCAUUACCGAGGCCUGAUGGCUUCCCACUUCAAUUGUGGCGGAAUGAACCUCAACCCGUUGUUGUUGAUCAACCUUCUGAAAAAGCUAUCCCAGUAAUCAUCACCUGGAACUAUGGUGGCAAUGAGGUUGCUGUGGAAGGAUCGUGGGAUAAUUGGCAGUCAAGGAAGUUAAUGCAAAGAACAGGGAAGGAUCAUUCUAUUCUUCUCGUGCUUCCAUUAGGGAUAUACCAUUAUAAGUUCAUUGUGGAUGGGGAGUGGAGAUACACUCCAGACCUCCCUUUUGUAGCUGAUGAGAUGGGCAGCGUGUGUAAUGUUCUUGAUGUUAAUGAUUACGUACCAGAAAACCCAGAGAGUGUCGCAGAGUUUGAAGCUCCUGCAUCACCGGACUCAAGUUAUGGACACACAUAUCCUUCAGAGGAAGAAUUCGGGAAGGAGCCUGCUGUCGUUCCAUCCCAGCUGCAUCUUACCGUCCUUGGUAUGGAGAACCCGGUUGAACCUGCUUCAUCAUCAUCAUCAUCUUCAUCUCCUCCUUCAAAGCCUCAGCACGUCGUGCUGAACCACCUCUAUAUCGAUAAAGGAUGGGCUUCUAAGUCACUGGUUGGUCUCGGGAUGACCCAUCGGUUCGAAUCCAAAUAUGUCACCGUUGUCCUCUACAAACCAUUGGAAAGGUAGCACCGGUUCUUGUGAAAAUGUAAGAUCGAGACAGCUACUCUUUUUGCUUGCUUACCUGGUUCUGUGAAGGAUAUCUCUCUGUUCAUAGUCUGCUGAACUUUUUGCUUCUUGUGAUCAUGUUGUCUACUCCUGUGCUGUGUUCAUUGUUCAAGCAUUUUGCUCUGAAAACAUGUUUCCUGGAAGGUGGUAUCCCUUUUGUUGUAGAAAAGAAGCAUUGUACACUUCGUAGUAGUUACUUUUGGAGCAGUUCUUAAAUGGGGUGAGGCUAAUGUCAGCCAUUGAUGAGAACUUGGGGAGGCUUGAGAUUGGCCCUUGUAUGGGAGGGAAUCAAUCGUGGAGACCCUGAAUGGUUGAGAGAGGAUAGAUUAAAGCAGGUUUUCAGUUGUCACAAAUGUAUCUUGUGUUUCAAACUUCCAGCGCAGCAACUUUUAGUGAUCACUUUGUUCCUUUUGGCAUGGUGGAGAAUAGUUUUUGUUUUUCCUUUUUGUGCUUAGAGGAAUUCAAUAAUGGAAAAAGAGGAAUUUCUGUUUUCACUUGGCCUAUUGAUGCUUCGUUCAGACUGCUAAUCAUCAUCAGAACCAGAUGCUUGGUUGAUAAUUAGGUUGGAACUUUGGUACGUAUUUGUGAUAUUACCAAAUAUUGUAUUGAAUUUGUCAAUAUAAGUUAUUAUUAACGUGUAUU